AUGUUAUGCCCGGAAGGAUAUUCAUUACAAAAUGAAAUUGGUCUUAAGGAGGAAGAAGACACAGCACAAAAAAAUACUAAUAUUCCCGGUGAAGGAACCAGUAGCUUGGAGUUGCAGUCAUACAAGAACCCUAAAACAUGGAAAAAAUCAAUAACUAAUUUUUUUCGAAACCAACUUCGUUCCACUAAAUCGAAUGAUGGUGACCGUCCGAGCGGCAGUAAGGAAAACUUCGAAGAUAAGGAUGUGGCGCCAGAUCAAAAAUGGCAAUCUUUGGGAAAAGUAUUUCGACGCCAAAGCUUCGCUGAGCAUUGGCCAAAAUCACCAGGACAUGGUGAGAGUUCAUCUCAGAGUAAACGAUUUGCUGAAUACAGUGUGUGCAUGGGUGCCUUUGAUGAGAUGUGUGCGAAGAGUGCAAAGAGGUGUAAAAGUAAAGCAAGAAGACUAUUUGUAUGA